UUUUUCGCAUGGUUUUCGCUCUACGAAGCCGAAGUAGCCACAGUCUCGAGCUUCACACGUUUAGGGUUUGUUCAUCGACGAGAAUCAACAAUGGUGUUCAAGAGGUACGUCGAGAUCGGCGUGGUUAUCGUUGAUGUCGUCGAUCAGAACAGAGCUCUUGUUGAUGCCCCUGAUAUGGUGAGAACCCAAAUGAACCUGAAGAGGCUCUCAUUGACCGAUAUCAAAAUCGAGAUUAACCGUGUCCCGAGGAAGAAGUCUCUCAUCGAUGCCAUGGAGAAGGCCGAUGUGAAGAACAAGUGGGAGAACAGCUCGUGGGGCAGAAAGCUGAUCGUUCAGAAGAGAAGAGCCUCGCUCAACGACUUUGACAGGUUCAAGGUUAUGUUGGCUAAGAUCAAGAGAGCUGGAUUGGUGAGGCAAGAACUCGCCAAGUUGAAGAAGGAAAGCUCAUCAUAAGCGCGUAGUGUUACUAAGAAUUUCUGCCUCUUUCAUUUUCUGGAUUUUGAUUUUCUGCUAAAUUCCAGAGUUCAUUGCAUCUUAUCUUACUCCCAACAUUGUUAUCUUUUGCAUUUGGAUUUUACGUUUUUUUCUUAAUC